AUGGUCUUCUUCACUUCACUGCCCAUCGGUGUGGUGGGCGUCAUGGACCAGGACGUCAAGGCCGUCUACCGCCUGCGCUACCCGCAGCUCUACAAGCAGGUGGGUGGGCACCGGGGCCAGCGCAACGAGUACUUCUCGGUGCUGAACGUGGCGAGCUGGAUGGUGAACGGGCUGGUGCAGGCAGGCAUCAUCUUCACGCUCACGCUGCUGCCCUUCGCCCUCGUGCCCGACCGCAGCAGCGGGCUCAUCCUGGACCUCACGGCCAUCGGUACCAUCAUGUAUGCCGCCGUUGUCACCACCGUCAACCUUGAACUCGGCUCCAACGUGCAGUAUUGGAACGCACUGCAUUUCAUCACCAUAUUCGGCUCCAUCCUCUUCUUCUUCGUCCUCAUGACGGUCGGCAGCUACCUGCCCGCCAAGUGGGUGGGCAAUCUGGUGGGUGUGGCCGCGCAGCUGCUGCCCGCCGCCAGCUUCUGGCUCAACCUGCUGCUCGCCGUGGUGGCCGCCAUGCUGCCCUCCUACGCUAUCCGCGGGAUGUGGAGGCAUGUAUGCCCAGGUGACCAUGAGGUGGUGCAGGAGAUUGAGCGCAGAGAGAGGCGGCGACGGCUGAUGCGGCUCUCCACCAUGGCACGCCACAUGUGCGCCGGUGCACCGCUGGUGACCAAUCACGGCGCGAGUGGCGCUGCUGACGUGGAGAGGUCGGCUCAUGGCUCUGCUGGUAGCGAUGACAGUGGGGAGGGGAAGGGGAAGGGGAAAAAGAAGGGGGUGGGUGGGGUGGGGAACGGGGUUGUGGGAGAGUACCAGGUGGCAGCAGAGCAGGGUCCGAGUGUGGCUGAGGAGUUGAGACACAGACACAGCAGCAGCAGAGACACUCAGCAGUAA